AAAAAAAUUGACCAAAAGGACUAUGCUGUUAAAAAAGUUAAGCAGCGCUCAGAAAAAGAUGUCUCCGAGGUUAAAGCUUUAGCUGUUUUAGACCAUCCACAUAUUGUUCGAUACUACCAUUCCUGGGCUGGAGAAGAUACAUUUUCUGAUGACAGCUGCAGUGGAGAUGGCCAGAACCAGAAGCUAAAGUGCCUGUUCAUACAAAUGGAAUGGUGUGCAAAAGGAACACUGGAAGAAUGGAUUGAAAGGAUGGAAAAAGUUGAUAAGCUCAAGAGUCUUACAGUUUCCCAACAAAUAGUGGAUGGAGUGGAGUACAUUCAUUCUAGAAAUUUAAUUCACAGAGACCUAAAACCUCCAAAUAUUUUGUUUGCAGACGAUAUGGUAGUAAAGAUAGCGGAUUUUGGUCUAGUUACCCCAAUAAGUGAAAAACUGGAGAAAGAGGGAUUACUCAGG